AUGUCUGGAACAUACAAGCCCACUGAGCACGGAGGUCUCAAGGAAGACGGAACUCCUGACAAACGUGUUGGCACUGGCGAGUUUGCCCAGGGCAAGGUUGAUCCCGUUGAGGCUGGCAAGCAAGGAGGACAAACCGGAGGCUCUUCUGGAGGAUCUUCCAGCGGAGGCAGUGGAGCUGGCGAGUUUGCUCACGGCAAGGUUGAUCCAGUCGAGGCUGGUAAGAAGGGAGGAUCUUCCUAAGUUACGUAGUGUCGAAGUCUAUGAUCAUGACGUUAGCUCUGUCAAAACGGCUGAGGAAAAAUCCAUGUCUGGAAUGAUGACAGCUUCCAAUGUACAAUAGAAGAUGAUUGAUUCGUUUACCACACCUACUUGACCAGUGAACAUUCAACGUGCCGUGAGCCCGCUUGAAACUUCAGCUGUCAUGUCCCACGUACACAUACAGUGUAGGCUUUCUCAUGGUGCCAAGAGUUCCAUAUGCAUCGAAAGUGUCGAUGUACC